AGGAGGAAAAGCAGCGUUGCGCGGUCCUCGUCGGCACAUAGUACACCGUGGAAGAGUGUGCGCGCGGGAGCGAGAAGGAGCAGUCGGAAAGGAGAGAGCGAGGAAAGUUCGUAGUGGAAGCAGGAGAAGCUGAUGGUGAAACAGAGAGCCAAAAGGAGACGGACGAGCGAGCAAGAGACAGAGGACCGUACAGAGUGGCGGUACACGGGGCGCGAGAAAAGCGGUAGUGUGCCGUGGACCACCGCACUGGCAUACCGUGGUUCGUUACGAUCCCCUUCGUACGUCGCUUCGUACUGAACCUCUCACAGUCAUCAGCGAAGUCACAUUUCGACUAGUGCUAGUGUGCAGUGCGGACAGAGUCAACGGUUGCUUUGGCCCCUUUAAAACAUCGACCGACUUUUCGAUACAGGGCCCCGGGCCUGCCCGAUCAGAAAUCAUCAUACAUACAUUUCGAAACGAUAGAGAGGAAGAGGGAGGUGUUCGCGAGGGAGAGAUCGUCGCGUGCCGGCCGACCGAACCGUCGACGGGCGCGCACGCGGUACAGAUCCACACAGGCAGUUUUAUAGCCAGUCUUAUUACUCCGGUUUAUUGCGUCGUAACGAUUUAACGAUCAUCGCCUGUUUUCCACCGCCUAGACCGCCGGUUUAUACUCUUGCCGGUAGCUGUAACCAUAACAAACCCAUAAAAGUCAACCCCCGCCGCUGCUAUGAGUCCCAUUCUAAAUUACAAUCCCACGGCCUACUGACAUUGACACUCUGGUUGUAAGCCGCCGCUCUAUACCUACCUACCUACCGAUGACUUUUAUGACCUCUUAAAAGCGGUUUAAUGCCCGUUUGCUUGUCCCUCGUCGACGCUGUCACCUGUCGCCACCCGCGUCAAACAGCGUAUCGGUUCACGACGCGACGCGUCCGCCUCUCGCCUUUUGGCGCGAAUCAGCUGAACACGGAACAGAAAACAAUAAUUAUCUCCCGUGGAACGAUUGGGUCGGUGAACGGACCUAACCCGAAAUAAAUCGGGUUGGAGCACGGACUAGUGUCGGUCGACUAGCCGCGUGUGCUCGACGCUUUCAUUUGAAGCAACGAACAGUUUUCUCGAGAGGUGGGUUACCUACUCGUACGCUUUUGUUCUUCUCGAGUGCCGGUGUUUCAGUGCAAGUGAUUCAAAAUACCCGGAAUAAUGAACUCAUAUUUUGAGCAGACUGCGGGUGGCUUCUACGGAAGCCACCACCAUCAAGCAGGGGCUGCUAGCCAACAUCACGAUCCAGCUACAGCCGCGGCCUACCGAAGUUUCCCUCUUGGCUUGGGAAUGUCACCUUACGCGUCUACGCAGCAUCAUCAUCACACCUCGUCCUCGUUGGGAAUACAUCCUGGCGGUGGUACCAACACGAGACCACCGCAGGACUCUCCGUACGAUGCAAGCGUCGCGACGGCCUGCAAGCUCUAUUCGACGACACCCGAAGCAUCCGGUCACACCACGUCUUCGUACUCCACCACGACGACCAAGGACUGCAAGCAACAGGAUCAAGCAGCGGCUCAUCAGAAUGGCUAUGCGGCCGUGAUGGCAGCCGCAGCCGUCAAGGACGUUUGGCAGUCAGCGACCUCGGGGGCUAAUAGCCAGAGCAAUUCGGUCGUACGUCCUUCCGCGUGUACACCAGAAGGAACGAGGGUUGGUAGCUAUGGUGGUCUCGUAGGCGGUGAUCCGGCAUCGAGUCCUGGUAACAACAGUUCCUCGAGGUCCCUCACGUCGUCCUGGAACACCUGCAGUCUGAACUCGUCCGCGAGCCAACCGGUUGCCACGCAACUACAUCAGCAACCCACCGCCAACCAUACCUUCUACCCCUGGAUGGCUAUAGCAGGUAAGGAAGAUAUUGCUAAGCCGCAUUGGACAUGGUUGCAAGGAGCGAACGGAAUGCGCAGGCGCGGCCGACAAACCUACACGCGCUACCAGACGCUCGAGCUGGAGAAGGAAUUCCACACGAACCACUACCUCACCAGGCGGAGGCGGAUCGAGAUGGCACACUCGCUCUGCCUGACGGAACGGCAGAUCAAGAUCUGGUUCCAGAAUCGGCGGAUGAAGCUGAAGAAGGAGAUACAGGCGAUCAAGGAGCUGAACGAACAGGAGAAGCAGGCGCAGGCGCAGAAGGCAGCGGCAGCAGCGGCCGCGGCUGCGCAUCAGCAGCAAGCGGCCGGUGGGGGACCGGAGGGGGCCAACUAGGGGUACGCCCUGCACCGGAGCCCCCCUGACCAUCCCACCACCAAUCCACACCACCCUCUGCUAGCACCGCAAUGUACACAGCUAUAUUAAAGGUGAGUGGCAGGCUGCAUCCACUGUCUCUGUAAUGCCAAAUAGAUGGUCGAUGUGCGUAUCUGUCGAUCGUCAAUUUAUCGGUUGCGGCGAAUCGGAUGCUGCACCCGGUGAGUGACGAACCCGCCUCCUGCUCCCCCGCGCCAACUAGCCCCCCACACCCCCUGGAACUCCUGUAGCUCACUUUGACCAAUAUUCCGGCCGACCAAUCAGUAUCCAAGUGCACAGUGACGUCCGUACAAGCCUAGUAUUGUCGUAGUACCCCCCACCACCAUUCUCUGGUCUCUCUAUCUGUAGUUCCUGCUUUGGCGCAGUAGUGUUGUAGAUAGAGGGGGUGAGUUAUCGGAGUAGCUCCACACUUACACGGAUUCUCCACCGAGUUUCGAAUUGCGAAAGAUCGACCGGAUGGAGAGAACGAGCGCAACGCAGCAAAAACACGAAUAAAGACAGACACGCAUAUACACAUACGCAUACACACGCAACCGUGAAAAGAAACGAAGAAGAGAAAAGUGAGAAAAAUAUAAGCGCGAAAACCGAAGAUAUCGUGUUGGCCGUCGGUUCUUUAUCUUUCUAUUUGUAUAGUUUUGUUACUUACUCGGCGGUACGGUGCGGUAGGGUGCGCGCAAUUCUCUCCCCCCCCCCCAAACCUAAAUACGUAACGAAAAGGCUAAGGAGAGAGGUAAAACUAUUUAGUAAGUUAACGCUUAGGAAGUAGAGAAGUGUCCGCGAGCGUCGACGCGACGGCGGGGUUCUCGAACGAUCGGGGGAGGGUGGAAUUCGACGACGACGCCAUCUCCGCGUGGUACAUCCCGGUGACGUUCUUUUUUCUCGCGAAUCGUUGUACAAAAUAUUAAAGUGACAGUAAUCCCUCGAUAGGAAGUCCUUAAAACAAGUCCAAAAGUAAAGGUAAAAAUUUGGUCAUUUCUCAAUAUAUCAAACACGACCUAAUUCGGGCUUCUUUUACUUCUACGUUAUCCGUACUACUCGCAAAGAAACCUAUAAUUAAAAGCAGUUUGAAUUAGAUCGUGUUCGGCAUCCAUCGAGAUGUAAAAUGUCGAUUUUUAGAUUAUAAUCGCUACUCUUCGUUGAUAUAAGAACGCGGAUGGACUCGACUUGAGACGCUAUAUCGAGGGAUUGGUGUACUUCGUCGGUACGUAUCGCGUCCCUCCUCCCCAGGUGUCUCGCGUACUCGGCGCACUUCCGUUUCUUCGCUUCUCGAACGUGUACGUGCUCGACGAUACACUCCUUCCGGAGCGUGUCAUGCUACGACUGCUGUUGAUGUUAUGUUUUUGUUAAUUUUUUUUUAUUGUCUGCGGAACGACACGAGAACGCGUUUCUAUCGUUGCCGAUGUCGCAGCUCCUGCCUCCUCGAAUUGGAAAGGAACGAAAGUCGGCGGUGAGAUGUCGUCCUACCUAGAGAUUGGCAACAUUCGUAUCCAGAUCAAAAAUUUUUAAUGACUAUUCGAAUAGGAAUAUUGUUCAUCUCUGGGAAGUCUGGACGCGGCACACGACAAAAACGUGGUUCUUUCGAUCGGUACAAAAUAUAUAUGUUGAUGUUCGAUAAUUUUGUUAAAUAUUAUAUAGAAACGUUUUUAUACAACGCGUGCGCUCCGGUAGCCUGACCGAAAGAGGGGCGCGGAGCGCGUGCGGUUGCUUUCCUCUCGCGUCGAAUAGCUUUUUUUUGGAAUUCGUUUGGAAACAGAAGGUUCUUUCUCCCCCACUUCUUCUUGUUCUUUCGAUCAUCGUUCCGUUUCCUUCCUUUCGGUUCGCGGUUCUCGGUGAAGCGAGAGAGUACGAACGAAAACAGGCACUCUAUACGAGCAAGAAUAAUUACAUUGUACGUACCUACCUAGUACCUAGACGCCUACCCAGACACGAAGUGUGUGUGGCGCUAUCCUAAGCAGUAACAACUAUUCUAGUUAAUGAAUGUAUACGAAUAGCCGCUAAGAGACACGCAAGAGUAAUAGGUAAACGCAGUAUUUCUAAGAGGAAUGUAAUAUGUUAAUAAUUAUUUAUUUUGUGGAUCUCGAUGAUACGAAAAGAAUGCGAACGAAAAAAAAUAAUAUGAGAGAAACGAACCCUUCGUAGGUCUGCUGUGCUGUAACGUUUUCAUUGGUAUUAGGCGAGCAUAGGCCUAUAUGUUAGGGGUAGGUGUACCCAUGCGUAGUGUGGUAGCCCGCGCAUUUUGUGUAAACGUUGUUCAAGGUGGCGAGAAAGAAAGAAACACGGAACAAAGCAGCAAUCCUCUUUUGUAACAUAUUAGGGUAUUAAUUGUUUACCAAUCUGGAUCCUGAUUGUAUGUAACCCGAAAGCGACCAGGGCCACACCUGCUGCCUAUAUAUGCGUGAAACGUUGUAACGGAAACAGAUGUAGGGGGCGGUUGCUGUUCUGAACGCUGAAUUGUAAUAUUACCUUGAUUAUACGAUUACUAAGAAAAAAAAGGAACAAAUAAAUGCGAU